UGUGAUCCCCCAAAAAAUCCUUCGACACCUCCUGUCCUUAUGUAAAAAUAAUGGGUAGCUGAAAAAAAUAUGACGCUAGCCCCAAGUAAGCAAGAGUAGGAAUGACAGCGGGCCAAUGACGUAAGGGGCUAAACUGACCCAGUGGGAGGGAGAAGAGUUUCUCUCCUUACAAUUAAUAUUUGACUUGCAUUCAAAAUCUAAACAGCGCAGCUCGCCUCCUUAUCGUUUUUUUCCCCUUCCACUUACCUCUCAUCGCACUGCUAAAAAAAUCAAUCAAUCAAUAAAUAAACAGAUAGACAAAUAAGAAGAUAAACAAGAAAAGUAUGACAUGACAUAGUGGCCGCGGAGGCUUGGAAAGCAAUUUUGACGCCUGGCUAAGUUUGUUUCUGAAAUGGCGACGUUUAUGGCUAUUCUUUGGGGGUGUGUUGUUUCGAUUGCUGCUUUGAUUGCAGUAAUUUUUCCAUUAUUUUCGAUUUACUUGACAUACCUCCAUUGGAAAUAUUGUCAUCUACCUGGACCAAAACGGGACAGCUUUUUCUCCGGUAACUUGCCUUAUAUCUUAAGUGAAAGAGCGAAAGGACUAACUAUAUACGAGAUCUCUGGUAAACUUCACGAAAUUUACGGUCCAGUUGUUCUUUUGUUUGCCUACCAUAAACCAUUCACGUUCGUAUCUGAUCCAGAACUUGUACGAAAAUGUAUCAUCACGCUCAAUUUACCGAAAAAUCCUGUCGUUUACGGGCACCUUGGAUACCCGUUCGGUCAACGUCUAGCCGGACGCGGUGUGUUAAACGAAGUCGACCAUGGCGUGUGGCAGAAGCGGAGGGCACUCCUGAAUCCAGCAUUUCAUCGCCGCUACUUGAUGAAUUUAAUGUCCUCGUUUAAUGACAGCUGCAACCUGUUUCUGGAAAAAUUGGAUGAAAUGGCUGACGGAAAGACUGUUGUGAAUAUGGCGGAUGAAUUCGCCAGAGUUACUCUUGAUGUCAUCGGAAAGGUUGCAUUCAAUGUUGAUGUCAAUACAAUCCAAGAUGCUGAUAGUCCCUUCCCAUCCUCCAUUUAUAAAUGUCUUAAAGGGGUCCUGGAAAGUUUGCGAACUCCAUUCUGGAGAAUAUCUUUAUCAACAUAUGCUUAUCAAAGAAGUGUGAUUGAGGCAGCUAAAUUCAUCCGUAACUUUGGAAAGAAGGUGAUCCUUGAUAGACAGGGAGCUGUUUUACAAGGAGAAGAUACACCACUUGAUAUUCUGGCUCACAUUUUGAGUGUCAAGGAAAAGCAGUCAAGUAUCACAAAUGAAGAUCUUGUGGAUGAUUUUGUGACAUUUUUUGUUGCAGGUCAGGAAACAACAUCUAACCAGUUGUCCUUCACUCUGUAUGAAAUACUGAGGCAUCCAGAGGUUGAAAACAGAAUUGUUAAGGAAAUUGAAGCCGUUCUUGGUUCCCAUCAGUUUUUGGAAUACAAGGAUCUUGGCAACCUUCAGUUCCUGGGUCAGACUCUCAAGGAAGGUUUGCGACUUCACCCUCCAAUCGGAGGCAUAACGCGCAUAACCACCAGAGAUGAGAACAUUGGGGGUUACAUCUUUCCUGCUGGUACCUCUGUGAAUAUCAGUCAGUUCUUGAUGCACCGCCAUUUAGAUUCAUGGAAAGAUCCACUUCAAUUUGAUCCUGACAGAUUUUCACCUGAGGUAAAAGGUGAAAUUCCACACUCUGUUUACUUCCCAUUCUCUCUCGGCCCUCGGACUUGUAUUGGACAAACAUUUGCUCAGAUCGAGGCUCGAGUGUUUAUGGCGCGGCUGCUGCAGCAGUUUGAGUUGACACUCUGUCCUGGUCAGGAUGAUAUGAAACACGAGGAGGCUUUGACCCUGAGGCCCAAAGGGGGUGUGCUUUGUACUCUCAAACGAAGACACGAAAACUGAAGCAAACCAAAGAGACCCGUGUGAAUUAGGCAAAAGUAAUUAGAGAAAUUUUCAAUGAAGUGACGAAAAGAAUCCGGUUUUGUGUUGGCUUUUCUUUAACCACGCCUGGUGAUUGGUCUAGAAAAUUAACGCCCCCAUUUCAAUCAAUCAGAUCCAAUUGAAAACAUAUUUUCGCAUGGUCACAUCACAGCGGUCAAACGGCUGCGCAUGUUGUUGUAGAAGCUAGGUGGUUUUAUUUCAGGUGUUCAAUACCAAUGUUUCCUUUAAGAGUGAUUGUGGUUGUUUCUCUUGUUUUCUUUUGUAAUUUUGCGCCCAAGUUUUGUUCACGGCCAGCUAAAAAUCGAGCCCCUCGCACAUGCCUGACGUGUGACCGCUGUGUUCUUAGCCACACACGUUUUCCCGCGUCAGAGACUCUUUCCAUGCGAUGAAGUUUGACAUAUUAUUAUACAUAAGUGUCAAUUUCUUAAUUUUCGUUGGCUCUAAUAUUUAGGUGUGGUUUGAUUUUUGUCUUUGCUACGAGCAAUUGGAAAUUUUAUAUUAAUAAUGGUUCUAUAUAAGUCAUUAAUAUUAAGUUAUGUUUUUCCAUCUGGCGAUGGUUUUCAUACAAUACAAUACAAUACAAUUAUUUUACUAGUUUUUUUCCAAGUGGAGUUUCCACAAUUAAUUUACAUCAAUGUCACUUCACUCAUUGCUAAAAAUUCGUUUACAAUUAUUACGAUACAAUUUCCGAAAUUGUUGAAAAUAACACAAUAAAAUAAUUGUGAAAUAAAUUGAUCCAAUACCACA